CUUGAAUCCCACGUUCGGCUGCAGCCUGACUUCAUCCUUCUAACUCCACAUCCAGUUUCCAUAUCCUGAUUGUCUCCUUUACCAACACCGCAUCUCCUGUAUCAAGAAAGACAGUCACCAUCAAUAUACGCCUGAUUGGGGAAGGAAAGAAAUCUUGAAUGUUGCCAGGGCCACUUUCCAGCAGACAUUUCUCGAUACUCGACUAGACAAUGCAGUACGUGCCCUUCGCCUCGGACAUCGAAAUUCCAUUCUAUGCCUCUCUGGCCUCGCACAAAAUCAACCAUGACAAACUCGACGACUCGGCCCGCAAACUUCUGGGCCUCUACGAGAUCAGACCCGCCGACGCUAGAGAGCAUUCCUGCCGCAUGCAAGUCCACGCCAACGCACUCACCAGCGACGACGUCCCAGCGGGCUUCUUCCGCGCCGAAGGGAUGAUCAAGAAUGUGAACACGAUCGAAGAGUACCGCAACAUCGACAAACUCCAGAUGAUCCAGAAAGCCGGCAAGACCAUCUGGGACGCCAUCAACGACGGCACUAUAUAUUCAUGUCCGUCACUUUUGGCCUCGUUUCUGGUUCUGUCGUUCGCCGACCUCAAGAAAUACAAAUUCAACUAUUGGUUUGCCUUUCCCGCAUUGGUCAUGGACCCGCCAUGGACACCAGCGCAGUAUCAAGGAGCCGUCCCUAGACCCGAGGGCGGUGGUCUACCCUACGCAAAGUUGAACGCCAUCGAAAGCACCACUCUCGUCGACGCGGUAAUGUCCUGGCGGUACGGAGUGGACUCGCGACAAUUUGGGUUCUUCCUCGCAAAGAAGGAACGUGGUUCUUCUGCACGGCCAUUCCCGACCGACGACGUCGAAUUUGGCCCUACCUCGCCUCAAUCGCCACAAACGCCUAGCUCGAACUUGGGCUUUGUCUGGCAUGUUGCCUCGUUAUCAAGUUUUGAGUCUGGCUUCUUCGAGGGCCUCGACCCGCAAGACCAAUUCGUCUGCUUCGCCGACCCGUCAAAUUACACCGAACCAGGCCCCGUCGCACCCGGCUGGAUGCUACGAAACCUCCUGGUCCUCGUUCGGCAAAGGUGGAAACUAGAUCGCGUACAGAUUCUAUGCUACCGCGAGACACCCACACGACGCGAGGCCGCCCGUAGCGUCAUUUUUACCAUGGAAGUCUCGAAGCAGCAGCGCAAAGCUAGCUCGUCUCAACCCGACUCGAAGCCCGGUGAAGACGAAACCGAGCCACCAAUGCCAAAGGUCGUUGGCUGGGAACGGAACGCAGCGAACAAACUGACGGGCCGCAUGGCCGAUUUGACCGAAUACAUGGACCCCAAGAAACUCGCCGACUCAAGCGUCGACCUGAACCUGAAACUCAUGAAGUGGCGCAUCAGCCCGAACCUCAAUCUCGAAAAGAUAAAGGGCACAAAGUGCCUGCUCCUCGGCGCAGGAACGCUGGGCAGCUACGUCUCGCGCAACCUGAUGGGUUGGGGCGUACGGAAGAUCACGUUCGUGGACAACGGUAGCGUGUCGUUCUCCAACCCCGUGCGCCAGCCGCUGUUCAAUUUCGAAGACUGUCUUGACGGCGGGAAGAAGAAAGCUACGUGUGCCGCGGACGCGCUGAGGCAGAUCUACCCGGGCGUCGAGAGCGAGGGGCAUGUGCUUUCGGUGCCGAUGGCCGGCCAUCCGAUCACAGACGCCGAGAAAACGAAAGCCGAGUACGAGAAACUACAGGAGCUUGUCGAGGAACAUGAUGUUAUAUUCUUGCUUAUGGAUACCAGGGAGUCUAGAUGGUUGCCGACCGUUAUGGGCAAGGCGGCUGGGAAGAUCGUGAUGAACGCCGCCCUUGGCUUCGAUACGUACGUCGUCAUGAGGCAUGGCGUCACAGUGGAGGGUCAGAAUGCAGAGCAAGCCUUGGGAUGCUAUUUCUGCAACGACGUCGUGGCGCCGGCCGACUCGAUGAAAGAUCAGACUCUCGAUCAGCAAUGCACUGUCACUCGACCCGGGAUAGCGGCCAUAGCGUCCGCACUUCUCGUCGAGUUACUCGUGUCGAUACUGCAACAUCCGGAUGGAGCAGCGGCGCCGGCGUCGUUGUCGUCUUCGGAAGACAGAGGCGACCACCCGUUAGGCCUGAUUCCACACCAAAUUCGUGGGUUCUUGUCGACAUUUACGAACAUGAACAUCGCUGGUAGGGCGUAUGAUUGCUGCAGUGCGUGUUCGCAAAAAGUGCUGGACGCUUAUACUUCGGAUGGCUGGGAUUUCGUGCAGAAGGCCCUGAAUGAGAAGGACUAUGUGGAGGAACUCAGUGGGCUGAAAGAAGUGCACAGGGCGGCUGAAGCUGCCGCCGCUGACAUCGAGUUCAGCGAGGAUGAGACGGCCGAGGAUGAAGAGGGCGAGUUGAUAUAAGACUUUGACCAGAAAAGUGGCAGCAGCCUGCCACUGAAUGAGUCCAGCGGUCAUCGCUUCUGUCGUAGAUUUCGUGGACGUCGGAUAGUAU